AUGGUCGGAAAAUGGCUGGUCACCGAUCGUCCACGAACAACCAAGCAUGGCUUCCGUCGUCCGGAGUGGCAAGUCCUCGCUGUCAGUCACGACAUUCGUAGAGAGGCCAUGAAGAUCUUCUUUGAUGCGCAUUCGGCGAUGAUCUGGGAGCAGGCUUCUACCGCUCCACUCCGGGAAUCCCUCCUGAACGAGACAUCUCUCGGAUUCUACGCCUCGAAUCAUCUCACAUCACUAAGCAUUGCCCUGAACACAAUCAACUUCUUCGAGAGAAGAGCGCACAGCCGCAUCGACAUAGACGCUGCUUACUGCCUUCUGGGGCUGUUUGAUGUCUUCAUGCCUCCGAUAUAUGGCGAAGGCGAUCAAGCUCAUAUGCGGCUGCUCAAGGAAAUAUUGGCCAAGGAAAGCGAGCACCAGACCAGGCUAGAACAAGACAAGGCGAAGAAGCGCAUGAGUGAAGUCGAUAUGGACCGAGAACUGGCGGCAGAAGAGCAGGCUUCUGAAAUGGUCAGAUAUGUUUCAAGGCUUGUUCGAUACGGAUUCUCACGAGAGAAAGCGAUACAGAGACUGGCGAGGAAAUGGCAGGCCAGGUGGGGUGUCUCUAUUGAGAAAGCCACUGCAGACAUCAGCCAGUUCCUGGCAGUGUUAGAAUACCGCUCUGCUUGGGCCAGGGAAGGGAUGGACCGCCUUAUUCAGCAAGGCAAUGCCAAAGCGACAGCAGUCAGAUAUCUUGAGCUGGACCUGCAGAAGUAUGGAUAUAGUCCGGUCGAUGCGUACGAGGCAGUAAGAGUCCGGCUCAGAUUCAAACCAAUUGUUGAAUCGCCUGCAAAUGAUCCAUUCUUGGGCGCUGUCCGCGAAGAAGAGAAAUCAGAAAGUAUCCCUGUCGCAGAGUCAGAAAAGGAGGUCACAGAUCAUCCGAGCUAUACGCAUGAGCCAAACACUCGGAUGACCGAUCCAAAUGCAAUCCCUGAACUUGUAGGGACUGAAGUCUCUAGACCGAGCAUCGAAACAAGAACUGGAGGAGAUUACUCGUCUGAAACUGUGACACAGCAUCUGCCCGUGAAGGAGACCACUCAUACUCAACAGGGUUCUGAGACCAACGCCCAGGCAAACGACAAUCAUACGGACUCUGAAGCCACAUCUUUGUCAGCCGCCGAUCCACCACACGAAAACAAUCAUGACGUCCAAGUACUUUUCCCUACUGGCUGUCGCGUAUCAUCAAACCCACCAAGAAACGCUGCCGACUCUCAAGAGAACACAACGGGUCGGGUUGAUGCUAGCAUGGGUGCUUACAGCGAGGACUCUACAGAUUCCAAAUUCACCCGCAUAUCCUUUUCAGAUGAAGAUCGACCAAGCGAAGACGUUCAAAUGCUAAACAUUGCCAUCAGAGACGGAUCAUCGAUACCACAGCAGCAAAACUCCCAUAUUCGACAUUCCGCUUCGGAUCAUCACUCAACGGAUUCACAGAGCAAUAAUAUUGCCAAAUUUCAUCAUUCAGAGGAUGUGCACCAUGUCCAGCAAGAGAGGGCAGUGAUCUGUCGAGGAAGACAUGUGAACGAAGAACUUGAGGGACCAGAGCGUCCUGUGAUGUUCGCAAAUCUUGAAUGCACUGGUCAAACAUCAUCAGAAGUCCAGCAGAUACAGGUGGACAUGCAUAGCUAUCCUGAUUGCCACGAUUCCUCAGUCCUCAUUUUACCCAAAGCUAAGGUAAGCAUCACUCUAUCCCAUAUAAAUACAUGUAAUCCUCCCAUCAAGAAACCUCAAUCUAUCAACCUACCAAUCUAUCAACCAAUCUAUCAACCAAAAAUGGCCUUAAUAAUCACCGCCCUCUCAGUGUCAGCACCACAACUUCCUGACGACGAUUACGAUCCUUCAACUCCAAACACUAUUGCGCCGAAUAUGGGCUUGAUUAUCGUGAUCGGACUUCUUUGGACAAUCCGAUUACUUUGGCCGAGUCGAGGUCAUGGACGAAGCUGCCUGAAGGAUCGAGAUGAUGGCGAGCUAAGGAGUUCCAGCGUGGAUGGAAUGCCAAUCGCGAUGGCCACGAUGUGCGUCGAGAUGCGCGCUGGAGCCGCAUCUGCUCGUGCUGCUUUUCGAAGGAAUUUGAACUUUGCAAUCAUCCACGGAAUGGCGGGUCGUGAAGGUGAAGCUGUCUGGCGUAACCGUGUUCUGCACAGGCACUAG